AUGUAUAAGACCAUCAAUAAGGUGUUUCACAACCAUGGUGGCAAGAAGAAAACGAGAGGAGACGCGUCGGAUAGCAUCAAUCGCAGCCACAGCUCCGAGAAAUCUCAAAAUGCCGUUCCCUACGCCGGAACGCCAAUCCCACAACACGUGGCCGUGGCGGCGGCGCAGGACCUGCGGCCAGAUUCCCCGCUGCGCUUGGGCUCACCGUCGAUUGCGGCGAUUGGUGAGGCCACGCUUAAGAAGAUCGUGAAGCGUGCGUUCUACGGCGAGGGAUCAGGCGCGCCGGCGGGGAGGCUGAAGGAGGUACCUACGGAGAUGCUGGCGUUCGAAAUCGGCAGCAUCAUGCGGCGCAUGCUCGAAAUCUACGACUCCAUGGCGGAGAAAAUGCUCUCGUCGCUGCGCUCCAACCUCCAGGCACCGGGAGUGGUCACGCUCAUUUCGAAUGACCUUCGCGUGCUCUGGGGCCUCGCAGGGUACGAGAAGCACGAGGAGCUGCGCGUGGUGGCGGCGCGCGUGGCGGUGUUAGGGCGCAAGGGCGCGGACGUGCGGCUGAGGCGGCUGGAGCGCGUGUUGGCGCACCUGGACUCGCCGGACGCCAACUACAAGGACUUCGCCGUCUCCUCCGCCGAGGGCGAGGUGCUCCUCAGGUUCAUGCGCGAGCAGGCGGAGGCGACCAACACGCUCAAGGCGGAGAUGGAAGCCAUUCAGCUGCUGCACUCCCGCAUCCAGGAGUACGGGGAGUGGAAUUCGCUGCAGGAGAUGGUGACGCAGGGCAAGCUGGUGGAGAAGCUGCAGGGCCACUGCCUCUGGGCCUACAACCUCGACUACCUCGUGCAGCUGCUGGUGGUGGCGGCGUGCUACGUGCGCAAGAAGAUCUUCGCGUCGUUCGGGCACGGCAUGUGCCCGGCGCGCAUCCGCGCGGCGUCGCUGGGCGAGGCGGGUUUGGCGCUGCACUACGCGAACGUGGUGGUGCUGCUGGAGCGCAUCAUCCAGCAGCCCGACGCCGUGCUCGGCCCCACGCGCGACGAGCUGUACGACAUGCUGCCGCGCAGCAUCCAGUACCUGCUGCGCGUGCAGCUGCAGGACCCGCUCAACUUCACCGCGGACGGCCGCGUGGAGGCCAACCUCAAGCGCGGGCUGCUGCUGCUGCCCACCAUGGCGCACAACACCAUCCACUGGCACUCGCUGCACACGCCGGGCGCCGCUCUUGACUUCGGCGAAAUGGUCUUCCAAGUGCAGACGUUCUACUACGCGAAUCGCGAGGCGGUGAACGCAACGCUGGUGGACGUGCUGCUGGGGCUGUGCCGCAUCUGCGGCGUCGAGGCGCCCAUUGGCAGCAUCUCCCUGCACGCGCCCGCCACCGCCGACUACUCGCUCGCGCUCGCGCGCAGCCAGGAGGAGGACGAGCGCGGCUUCCGCCGGCAGUGGGGCAUGGAGGCGCGCGAGGAGGACUGGUUCGGCGGGCAGGUCUUCAAGGUAGCGGACGAGCGCCGCGCUCCGCGCAGGGACGCCGCGCAGGUGGGCGCGCAGCAGGGCGGGCACGCUGGGGGGCUCGCAGAGGGCGGGGGAUACGGGGGAGGCGGGUACGGUGGUGGGAACGAGGGGCAGUUGAGCGGGGACGGGUACGGCGAGCAGGGAGGGCAGUGGCAGGUGCAGGGCGGGGGGAUGGACGGCAGGGGGGACGGCAGGGGGGACGGACGAGCAGCAGCGGCAGCAGGGAGCAUGGGAGGGGGGGCGUUUGCGCGGGUGCGGGUGGGGCAGGAGGAGGGGCGGGUGGCGUCGAUGGAUCGGCGCAGCGGCAGCUGGGUGUCGGACGCGUCCACGGACGACAACACCACCUUCGGCGCGUCCUCGCCCUCCCUCUCCCUCUCCGAGGCCGGCAGUGCCUCCAGCGCCAAGCCCGCUCGCGGCCGCUCCUCACGGCUGUCGCGCGACCCCUCGCUGUCCACGGACGGCCCCUCCACGCCCUCCAGCCUCGCCUCUGAUCGCGACUGCUAUGCUGCUGAGGCCCCGGGCGCAGGGGAUGGAGGGGCAGGGGGCAGGGGCGGGCAAGGUGCAGCAGCUCCACCGGCUGGGAGGAAAGCGAGCCGCAUGUCGAGCCGCAAGGGCAGCGGUAGCAGUAACGGUUCCGACCGCCCCUCCACUCCGCCCAUGUUCUCCUCCCCCUUGCGCUCCCCCUCCGCGGAUCUCCCACCCACCACCCCCCCACACCACUCUCGCACACCCCAACGCUCGCCCAGACAAGGGACAGGAGGAGAUGGGGACGGGGGAGGGGUAGGUGGAGGGGAGGGGGGGGCGGGUUGGGGUGGGCACAGCGAGGUGCGCAAAAGUCGGAGCAAGAAGGGAGCAAGAGGGAGCAGCAGCAGCAGUGGCGGGGCAGAGGGCGGUUUCUUCAGCAGCAGUGGCAGCUUCAAGGACCAUGGGUCAUCGCCAAUGCGCCCCUCAAACCUCUCGGUGCCGGCGUCCGUGUCAUCAUCGCCCUCUCCCUCGUCCGUGCCGCGGCAGGUGAGCGCCGACGCGCUGUCGGUGGGGUCCAACGACAGUGACGGCCGCUGGUCCACAUCGCUCUCGCGCCGUUCCUCACGCUGGGCGGGCGUGGUGGGCUUUGGCAAGUCCAAGUCGUCCCGCCUGCCCGAGGGGGCGCCGCCCAUGCCGCCACCACCAGCGGUGGUUGGGGGGGUGCAGGAGAGCGUGGCGGGCAGCAGCGUGGAGGAGGGAGGGGCGCUGGCGGUGGAGAAUCCGUACGACGACCCGGCGUUUGCGGGGCUGGACACGCCGACGCUGCGCAAGGCCAUGCAGAGCGGCGGGCUGGUGGGGUGCUUCACGGGGGGCUCGAGCGUGGCGGACUCGGACUCGGAGGCGGAGAGCCUGUCGUCCAGCAACGGCGUUGACGAGGAGGAUAUGGCCGAAAGUGAAUCCCCAGUCGCGUCGGCCUCUUCAACGGCUUCAGAGGAUCCGUUCAAGGAGUACUAUGACAACGAUAUGGAAAUCCUGAAUCGGAAAUAUCCGAAAUUGGGAAACAAUCCUUCUGAUAUGGCAAAGAGAUGUGAAUAUCAGAGGGAAUAUUGUCGUGAUUUGAAGGCAUGCGUCAACGCUGCUGCCAAGUCGUACUCUUCGAAAAGGAUGGCAGAGGUCAGGCUUGAAGAAGAGAGGAAACUGAGGCAACGUGCAGAAGUCAACGUAUCGGAGCUGGAGGCAGAAGUUGCACGGCUGAAGGAGGACAAGGAGCAGCUUCGCACCCAGCUGCUGCUGCUGCAGUCCCACGCGCACGCGGCAACACAAGCUGAACAGCAGCGCAGGGCAUUGGUGGAUCACUUCUUUACUCUAUUCAACUCAAUGGCGCACACUGAA